UCCGGCCCUGCGCCGUCUUCUCCACGAUGAAGCGCCCUUGCGAAGAGACGACCUCCGAGAGCGACAUGGACGAGACCAUCGACGUGGGGAGCGAGAACAAUUACUCGGGGCAAAGUUCUGGUUCUGUGAUAAGAUCGAAUUCUCCAACAACCACAUCUCAGAUUAUGGCAAGAAAGAAAAGGAGAGGGAUUAUAGAGAAAAGGCGCCGGGAUCGGAUAAAUAAUAGUUUAUCUGAGUUGAGACGGCUGGUGCCAACAGCUUUUGAAAAACAAGGUUCUGCAAAGUUAGAAAAAGCUGAAAUAUUGCAGAUGACAGUGGAUCAUUUAAAGAUGCUUCAGGCAACAGGAGGUAAAGGCUACUUCGACGCCCACGCUCUUGCCAUGGACUUCAUGAGCAUCGGCUUCCGAGAGUGCCUGACGGAGGUGGCGAGGUACCUGAGCUCCGUGGAGGGCCUGGACUCCGCAGACCCCCUGCGCGUGCGCCUCGUCUCGCAUCUCAGCACCUGCGCCUCCCAGCGGGAGGCGGCGGCCAUGACGUCCUCCAUGGCCCACCACCACCACCACGCGCUGCACCCACACCACUGGGCCGCCGCCUUCCACCACCUGCCCGCCGCCCUGCUCCAGCCCAACGGACUCCACACCUCGGAGUCGGCCCCUUGUCGCCUCUCCACGACUUCCGAAGUGCCUCCGGCCCACGGCUCUGCCCUGCUCACGGCCACGUUUGCCCACGCAGACUCCGCCCUUCGGAUGCCAUCCACCGGCAGUGUCGCCCCUUGCGUGCCGCCGCUGUCCACCUCUCUCUUGUCGCUGUCAGCCACCGUCCAUGCCGCGGCCGCCGCCGCCACGGCAGCUGCACACAGCUUUCCUCUGUCGUUCGCGGGGGCCUUCCCCAUGCUCCCCCCAAACGCGGCCGCAGCAGUGGCGGCGGCGACGGCGAUCAGCCCACCCUUGGCCGUGUCAGCGGCCUCCAGUCCUCAGCAGACAAGCGGUGGAACAAACAGUAAACCUUACCGCCCCUGGGGGACAGAAGUUGGCGCCUUCUAAUUUUUCCCUGAACUUCUCCAAGUAGCAACUGAAUGUCCUUCAUUUCAGAAUCGGCUUCAGACCUCUCACCGUGAAGGUAGCCAUACAGAUAUCUGCCUGCAGAUCCACAGAGGAACAAUAAAGCUAUUUGAGACACAACCUCACACGUUGGAAACGUGGUAUUGUCCCUUUGUCGUUUGUUUGUUUAAAGGCAGCUUGGUAACUGACAUCAGCCACUUUGAGAACUGCACCCUUGUUUCCACUUACAAGUUCCCUGGAAAAUGCAAGGGCAGAACCAUCCAGCAGGGCGUCAGUGUGUCUGCCUUGGGGAAGAAAAAUGCCCCGACUGAAUUCUCUUGAAAGUAGAUGGAGGGGAAAAAAAGAAAUACUCGUAUUUCCUAAGUGCCUGAGCUAGGAAAGUUUUCCUGUGAACAUGCAAUAUUGCACACAGAAAGGAGGGCAGAGGGGUUAGGUAAGGGAAAGAGAGGGAGACACGCCCUGCAUUGGGCUGCAGACAUUUUAAUACAAUGCGAGACAAGGGUCCUCUCUCAAAACCACGGGUUUUAGUGGGCAAAGGGAUUGUUGAAAAUAAUUCUGAAGUUGACAGAGCUUAUCUUAGUUUUCUUUCUUUGUACCGACUUGCGAAUUGGUGACGUUUAGGAAUGCAGUGGCAUAAGCAAUUAUUCAUAUUCCAUCAGUGCUCACAUUAGCAAGCAUUUCUCCUCUGCCUGCAAGUCCCCGGGGAACCUUUCCUUUUUGAUGGUUCAACAUCUGGUGCUGCUUUAUCUAAACAGUGCAUUUCUAUAGUGCACCUAGAAACAGUUGCCUGUGUGCCCACCAGAAGCUGUUUGAGUCAUGCCAACUUGAAAACUCCCAGUUCAUAAGAGUUUGGAUUAAUUUAUUCAGUCUCAUUGGGACUAUUUUUAUAUAUUUAUCCUCAUCAUUUUCUCCUGAAAAUGUGUAACAUCUAUUCUUGUCACCUUUGGGGACAAGUUGCAUUUCUAGAGGUGAUGAGACAAGGAGAGAGUGUUGGGAAGAAAGUCAUGAUUUGUAAAUGCUCUUUGUCAAGUUAGUGAUUGUGUUUGAUCCCAAAUCAAGAUGAAUGUAUGCAAUAGGAUGUAUAUAAAUUAUUUUUGUUCGGCCUAGACUAGUGCAACAUAAUGGUGUUUUGGUUUUGUUUUUUUGGAUUUGUUUAAUGACAAAAUAAUCUCUUAAUACAUUGAAAUGGAGCACGUCAGAUUUUAUAUUUGAAAGAGACACAGCAUGUAUUAUUAUGCACUUCAUUUCUCUGCUGUGUGGAG